AACCCUGUUUACAACACGCCAUAAGUAAGCGUUUGAAGUAUAACAAAAACGAGGUGACAGGAAAAAAAAAAUAUUGCCGUGAAGUACUGAACUCAGAAGGACAAUGGGAGUACCAGCAUUUUUUCGCUGGCUUAGCCGAAAGUAUCCGAGUGUGAUAAUUGAGUGCAAUGAAAACAAGAAACUUGACCCGGAAACGGGUAAAAACACCUACGAGGACUCCACAUUGCCGAAUCCCAAUGGACUGGAGUUUGAUAAUUUAUAUCUGGAUAUGAACGGUAUUAUUCAUCCGUGUACGCAUCCAGAAGACAAGCCGGCACCGAAGAACGAGGACGAAAUGAUGGUUGCCAUUUUUGAGUGCAUUGAUCGGCUUUUUGGCAUAGUUCGACCACGUAAGGUGCUCUAUAUGGCCAUCGAUGGAGUGGCGCCGCGUGCCAAGAUGAACCAGCAGAGGUCACGUCGAUUCCGUGCAGCCAAGGAGACAAUCGAGAAGAGGGCAGAGAUUGAGAGGAUUCGAGAAGAACUAAUGACCAAGGGCUGCAAGUUGCCGCCAGAAAAGGAGAAGGGUGAACAUUUCGAUUCCAAUUGCAUUACCCCAGGAACACCGUUCAUGGAUCGAUUGAGUAAAUGUUUGCACUAUUAUGUGCAUGACCGUUUGAACAACAACCCAGCCUGGAAGGGUGUCAAAGUCAUCCUAUCGGAUGCCAAUGUGCCCGGCGAGGGGGAGCACAAAAUUAUGGACUAUAUACGCAAACAACGGGCUCAGCCCGAUCAUGAUCCUAAUACGCAGCAUGUUCUAUGCGGCGCCGACGCAGAUUUGAUUAUGUUGGGUCUUGCCACCCAUGAGCCCAAUUUUACCAUUAUUCGGGAAGAGUUUUUGCCGAAUAAGCCACGACCAUGCGAUGUGUGCAAUCAAUUUGGUCAUGAAAUGGACAAAUGUAUGGGGCUGAAUGCCAUCGGCUCCACAUCGGCGGCCAAUUUCAAGCCCGAUGUACCCAUAGGAGCUGAAGUAAAAUUCAUAUUUGUGCGCCUAAGCGUUCUGAGGGAAUACUUGAAGAAAACUUUGGAAAUGCCGAAUCUACCAUUUGCCUAUGAUUUUGAACGCGCUUUGGAUGAUUGGGUAUUCAUGUGUUUCUUUGUGGGCAAUGAUUUUCUACCCCAUUUGCCUAGUCUGGAGAUCAGAGAGGGAGCAGUUGAUCGCCUUGUGGAGCUGUACAAGAAAUGUGUAUAUAAGACUCAGGGCUAUCUAACCGAUUCCGGUGAUGUCAAUUUAGAUCGCGUGCAACUGAUUAUGACUGAUUUGGGUAAUGCCGAGGAUCAGAUCUUUAAGGAUCGUCAGCGCAGGGAAAAGCAAUUCCGAGAUCGUGAGAAGAAGAAGAAGCAGUGGGAGCGUAACGAUAUGAAAUCCUUGGAACAGAGUGUUUUCGGGCCACAAGCUGUUGGCGCUGGAAAGGGAGACGGUCCGACCAAUAUACAAAACUACAAAGCCGAAGCUGCUGCCUUAAGAUUGGGCCAGAAACGGUCGGGUGCAGAUGCUGGCUUACAAGCCGAAGAGGAGGAUGAGGAUUGCAAUGAUGAGGUGCGUUUAUGGGAGGAUGGUUUCAAAAAUCGUUACUACGAAUCGAAAUUUGAUGUGGGACCAGAUAAUCUACAAUUCCGAUAUGCCGUCGCCUUGCAAUAUGUCCGUGGACUUUGUUGGGUACUGAAAUAUUAUUACCAAGGCUGCUCCUCCUGGAAUUGGUAUUUCCCCUAUCAUUAUGCACCAUUCGCCUCGGAUUUCGUGAAUAUUCAGGGACUGUCCACAUUAUUUGAGAAGGGCACUAAACCCUUUAAUCCGCUCGAGCAGCUGAUGGGCGUGUUUCCAGCCGCCAGUAGCUCUCAUGUACCACAGCCAUGGGUGGAACUUAUGUCCAGUCCGACAUCACCAAUUAUCGAUUUCUAUCCGGAAGAUUUCAAAAUUGAUUUGAAUGGCAAGAAGUUUGCCUGGCAAGGCGUUGCCCUGCUGCCUUUUGUGGACGAGAAACGACUCUUCAAAGCACUGGUGCCCUUCUAUGAACAAUUGACCAGCGAGGAGGUGAAGCGAAAUAAGCGUGGCAACAAUUACCUAUACAUUAGUAAGGAGAGUCCACACUUUAAGGUGGCCAACAAGAUCUACCGCCAGAAAAAAGACGAUGAAGUUGCCCAGUUUGAUGAAGAAGAAGGCUAUCCCAUUUCCUUGGACGGCAUGAGAGGGACAAUUAAUAGAACGGAACUUAGCACUGCCAUAAAUGCUAUACUCCAGUCACCUAUUGGUGAUCUCCCCGAUAUCACAGAUAAUCAGAUUUUGACGACAACAUUCAAUGAUCCCCAAUACGAUGAGGAUUACAUAUUUCCGGCCAAGCGUCUGCCUAAAGCUGUGGAUCCGCCCCAGGUUCUAUCCCCAGAAGAUCAUCAUAACAAAACUGGGCCAGUUAUUGGCUUCAAUAGCCACUUACAGCGUGCCUAUGUUCCACAAGGUGGUCAUCGUUUGAUCACCAAUAGCAUGCAACGUAAUCAAGGUGGCUAUGGUGGUGGAGGAGGAGGAGGAGGUGGACAAGGACAAGGUGGUGGUUACCAGAGGAACUAUAAUAACUACAAUAAUAAUUAUCAACAAGGACAACAAGGAAAUUAUAACAAUUAUCAGCGAAACCAACAACAACCACAACAACAGCAACAUUAUGGAGGUCAAAAUCAAAGAAGGCAACAACAAAAUUAUAAUAAUAAUUAUAAUCAAAACAAUGGACAACGUUACAAUUCAAAUUACAACAAUUACAAUAAUAAUAACAAUCCACAACAAAGAGGCAACUACAACAACAAUCGGGGCGGUGGGCAACAACAGCACUCAAAUUAUAGAAGAUUUUAAAUUUAUUAUUCACACAAAAUUAUAAUCUUUUUUUUUUUACACAAAAUAUAUACGAUUUUAUGUAUAUAUUUACAUAUUUAACAAAUGUAUAAUCCUCAUAUG